CAAUCGGUGCGUAAACAAAAAGAAGCCAGAGGUUUACUCUCCCCUUCCCUUCUCGCCUCUCGACUCUCCCCCAUUUCCUUUUCUUUCCUCCCCUCUCUCUCUCUCAGGUUUUUACUUCUCUCUCUAGCCUUCGGUUUCGUUCGGUCGGCCCUCUGCUGCCCCCGCCUGCGCCUCUCUUCUCCCCCUUCGCGCCCGCCAUAGCUUUGACGGCUUUCUCUGAAAUGGAGAUGGAUGAGGUUCAAAUGGAUCACAAUGGAGAUAUCAAUGCCAUUGAAUCUGCAGAUCAGCAGCCUCUGCAGGCACUAGAAUCUUCUGGCAUAAGCGAAAACGAUGAACCCUCGAGAGAAACGGAGUUGCUGCCUCGAAUUGGAGAACAGUUCCAGGUCCCGAUCCCACCUCUCAUCAGCAGAUCGGUCUACCUCCAAACUGAUCACACAUUACCCUCAGAAGGCAAUACUCUCAAGUUUUCACUCGGGUUGCCUCUAUCACUAACAUGGAUUAAGGAAGAAGGCGAGACGAUCAAGAAAGAACUAGACGAGUACCUUCAUGCUUUGUCCACAGGUUCCACCAGGAAUGAUUCAGUGAAGGCUGAGAAUAAUGAAGUGGUUCGAUGUGGAAGUAAAAGCUACCGUUUGGUACCUGGUUCGUCUUGUUAUGAUGAAUGGGAUGAUCUAGAAGUGGGGAGCUUUCUGCUUGGUCUGUAUGUCUUUGGGAAGAACCUUGUUCAAGUACAGAAGUUUGUUGAGAGUAAGACAAUGGGCCAGAUACUAUCCUUUUACUACGGGAAGUUCUAUAGGUCGAGUAGGUAUCGUAGAUGGUCCGAAUGUGGCAAGCAGAAAGGAAGGAAGAGAAUGUUUGGACAGAGGAUCUUCACUGGGUCAAGGCAGCAGGAGCUCUUGUCUCGCUUGGUCAAUCGUUCAUCUGAGGAGUGCCAGCACACUUUGCAGAAGGUUACCAAGUCAUUUGGAGAGGGACAAAUGAUGCUGGACGAAUAUGUAUUUGCUUUAAAAGCAGCAGUCGGUUUAAAGGUCUUAGUCGAAGCAGUGGGAAUUGGCAAAGGGAAGCAAGACCUAACAAGCACUGCAAUGGACUCCCUGAGGUCAACCAAUCAUGCUGGGUCAGCUCGACCAGAGAUACCUGUUGGCAAAGAAUGCUCAAAGCUAACACCUUUGGAGAUAGUCAACUUUCUAACAGGAGGAUACCGGCUGAGCAAAGCUAGGUCGAACGAUAUCUUCUGGGAAGCUGUUUGGCCAAGGUUACUUGCUAGAGGGUGGCGCUCGGAGCAACCUAAAGAUGGUUCUAGAAACUCCCUGGUAUUUAUAGUCUCUGGAGUUAAGAAGUUCUCUCGCAGGAAGCUUGUGAAAGGAGAGCACUACUUCGAUUCGGUUACUGAUGUUCUGAACAAAAUUGGUUCUCAGCCUGCACUUCUUGAGCUUGAUGCUGGGAAGGAAGAGAAUGGUUGGAGUAAAGGUGGAAACUUAGAGGGAGACAGUUUAGGUGGUAAGGAGCAACAUUCUUACCUUAAGCCGAGGAAAUCAGAACUUGCUAGUACGAAUGGUUUGAGCUUCACAAUUGUUGAUACUAGCCUGGCUAAUGGGCAAAGCAAGAAGAUAACUCAACUGAGAAGGUUGCCAACUCAGGCUAUGAACAUUUGCCUCCCAAUUAGUGAUUCUGAAGAUAGUAGUAGUAGUAGUAGUAGUAGUGAUGAUGACGAUAAUGAUGAUUCUUCGAAUGGACCCACAGAUGAAUCGUAUUCUGCAGGAGACUCGAGUGUUGAUUUGGAUUUUCAUGGAAAUGGCACUGUGAGACAUAGUCUCCUUGUGAAUGGCUUGAACAAUAAGGUUGCUGCUGAUGAUGGUGGGAGAACUAUGCAGGACAGAAAGGGUUUUGUGAAUAAACCUCAAGCCACAAGGAAAAGAAAGCUACCCAGCAAUGUGAAUACUGUAGUGGAGCCACCAGCUGCAAAACGGCAACAGGUGAAAGCAGCAGCAGGAGGACCAGUGCCUUGUGAUGCAAGGAAUACCAAAUGCAGAACCUUUGAUGACGUGGUUGGUCAAGGAGUGGAGAAGCAACAACAGAAAGCAGCAGUGCCUUGUGACACAAGAAAGACUUAUUUUGGAACAUUCGAUGACGAGUUAGUCAGUGGUCCAAGGAUGAUUCAGGAUUACCCUGUGAGCUAUCGUGGACAUGGAUUUCCUUCUCAUUUGCUGAGUCAGCAGCAAGAGAAACUACCUUUCACCAGUUCUUCAUCCAGCCAUGUGAGCAGUACUUCUUCUUCUGCAGCUGAAAAUUCCAACGACAAUCCUCAAUCUCGGACAUUGAUUGACCUUAAUGUUGCACCUAUCCCUCAAGAACCCGAAGACUCAAUGGUGUCUGAGAGGAAGAUCACUGAUGUGCAGCCAGAGGACCCUGGAGUCCCAAAGCCCUCAAAUUCGACAUCUGACUCGCGUAGACACAGUACUAGAAACCGGCCACUGACUACUAAGGCACUGGAAGCUCUUGCUUGUGGGUUCUUAAGUUUGACGCCAAAGAGAGACAGCCAUGCGUCGAAACAAGCAUCUAAACGAGCUAAGAAGGCGAGGAUUGACAGCAGUUGUACUAACUUUGGACCCGAAAUUGUGGAUUUGAAAGGUGGAGAUGAACCAGGAAGUUGUGUGACCAAGAGUAGUAGCAACGACGGUGAUAACGAGGUUCAGGUUCGAAGUAAUGAGCCAUUUUUCAGCCGAGUUUGAAAAUGACUUGAAGCCGUUGAAUGAGCAGAGAAACCUCUGUGUGUACAGCUCAGCUGUCCAAGUUUACUACAUAGGUUAUAUGGCAAGAAGAUGAAGGAAACAGAAAAAGACCAGGAAGUGGAAUUUGGGUUUGGAGUUGAAACUUUUUAUCUUUCAUUCAAAAUCAAAUGACUUGGAAAGAAAAAAGUGCUUUCUUGUGAAGGGGGGAAUUUGACUCCAUCGAUAAAGAAUCCAUCUUUGCAAAUAAUAGUUGAAAACCCAUUAUUUUAAUUUGUUUCAUAUUCUUCGUCCAAGGCCAGUUGAACAAUGUGCUGGUUGGACAGGUUGGUUGGUUCAUGUAGCUGAUAACUAGCUCCAACUGCAGAUUUUGCUUGGAACAUAAUGGUAGGCCAGAGUUGAAAUCUCUUACAGGGUUGCUCCUAAUUGGUUGUUUUGAAAAUGUAGAAAAAUGAGGUAGAAGUAAGAGACCAAGAAAAAGGUUUAAUUUCUUGGUUUACUUAUCAUUUAAAUAUAGGA